AUGGCAGAUCCAUACAACCCAUACAGUUCAUACUCCACGCCCGCCCCGGGCGGCGUAAGCUACUAUCCUCCAGAGGAUCAAUCUCAAUACAAUGCAAAUCCAUACCAACAGUCAUACGGAACCGCAGAACCACAGCCAAUGCAAGACCAGGGCCAUGUCUAUCCCCCACAGUCCAACCCGUACAACCUCGCUGCAGAACCUUCUGCGCCAAGAAGUCACGCUUCUACCGGUCAGCCCAACUACCUUGCUCCCGGUGCUCCAGCGAACCCGUAUGCUCGCAGCGGCGAGAACUUGGGAUACUACAACGACCACCCGGCCGAGCAGCCACGCUACACACCCUCUGCAAGCCCUCACCCGCCCGCAGUCUAUGUAUCAGACCAUGAUACACGCCGCGACAAGAUGAGAGAACAGCGCUCUGACAAUGAGCAUGUGGGCUCGGACAGAGAGACUGAUCGUGGUCUGGGGAGUUCGCUGGCUGGUGGUGCGGCUGGAUAUUACUUUGGUCGUAAGAAGGAUCAUGGCUUGCUUGGUGCUAUUGGCGGUGCGAUUCUGGGGAAUUUUCUUGAGGAUAAGGUGAAGGAUCAUAAGAAACAUGAUCGGGAUGAUGACUCUGAGCAUCGGCAUGGACGACAUGGUCAUCAUCAUCACCAUCAUCAUCAUCGGAGUCAUUCGAGGAAUAGUGAUCAUAGUGGGCAUAGUGGACAUUCGCAUCAUUCUCAUUCUCGUUCUCAUCAUGGUAGUCACUCGAGACAUCGGGGUGAGGAUGAGUAUUGAGUGGUGAAGUGGUUUUCGUCUCGAUGGUUUUUGUUUCUCUUUGGUCAUGCAAUUCAGUCCUCGGGUCUGGAUAUGAGUUGUGCUUUGUGAUGCUUGACGGGCUUGAUAUUGGUUUACAAUGAGCUCAUUUUUCUGCUGUUUCUUGUUACUUUCCUUUUUGUCUUUGUAUUUGCUAGUUUCUUUGUAUCUUGAUAUGUGGAGUUUUACGACGUUAUGACCACGAUAUAAAUCUUUAGCUAAUCGAGUUUCUAUGCGAUAUUCAUAUCUUGAGUGAAGUCACCCCAGCACUGUCUAUGAUAUCCAAAGCAACAGUAGGGCACUAUAAGCCUAAGUUACAUAUUGACUGUUUGAUUGAGUACAGCCAUGAAAAAGUUGCCAAAGGGUACCGUAUGACCACCUUUUGGCUUCUAAGUUCCAUGUUGUUAUAUCACCUGUUAAGCCAUCACUAGUAGUCACACAUAUACUUAGGACUCUUGGGUUGACAUCUCUUUGCAGACUAAACAAAUGCUUCAAGGUUGACAUCCCUAAUUGAGGCAGCAAAUUCCUUAUCCGAUCCAUUUAUACUAUUCUAAUUCAACCCUUUCAUAUCUGCCAGAAAUGAUGACGUACAGAUAUAAAGCCUUCAAUGUUACAUUCAUCUAUUAGGUAUUCAAGUAAUGUUACU